UUUAAAUUACUGAGCCUUGAUUACAUUGGUUUUAUUUAAAUUUUUAAGAUUAUUAUUGGGAAAUAUUGAAUAAUAAAAUGUUUUGUCUGCAGUGUAAUUAUUGUAAGGAACUGGAAGCUGAGAGUAAAAAACAAGCAGAGACAAGAGAAAAAUUACAAAAUCAAAUAAGCGCUUUCAAAGAUACAGUUUCAAAACUUGAAACUGGAAAUGGGAAUUUUCAAAUUAAAAUCCAGGAGCAGAGUGUCGAAUCCGCUGCUUUAAAAAAGGAAAUCGAAGAUCUGAAAAGAGAAGUGAAAACUUCGAAUCAGCAAAAUAUUACCACCGAAGUGAGGCUAAACAGAAGUUUAGAAGAAAAUGAAAAACUUCGCACUUGUCUCAAAUUCACUAAAUUGGAAGAAAAGGACUUGAGAGACCAGAUAAGGAAACUUCAAGAAGAGAAAAGACUAUCAAUUAAAAAUAUGGAAAAACAACGAUCAGAAUUGUAUCAAGCUUACAAAAAGCAACUCCACCUCGUCGACAAUUUAAAAAAACAAAAGGCGUAUCUGGAGGCCAGCAGACAGGUACAAAUAACUGAGGAGGAUUUUACGAAAUUAUUGGACUGGAAACCAGAUCGAGAAUUGUAAUAAAGUAAUAAUAAAAAUGAAAAUUAAUUAACAAAAGUCCAAUAUAUAAUCAAUUAUUUACA